CUAAGCUGACUAUCUACAAGGCAAAAAACACAGCACAGGUAAAUGGAUGAGAACCAAAAACACUUUGUUCUGGUUCAUGGAACUUGCCAUGGAGCAUGGUGUUGGUACAAAAGCAUCGCCCUACUCCGGGGCGCUGGUCACCGUGUCACUGCUCUGGACCUUGGUGCUUCUGGGAUCAACUCCAAGCAGGUGAACGAGAUCGCUUCAAUUUGGGAUUAUGCCAAGCCAUUGAUGGAGUUCAUGGCUUCUAUUCCUCAUGAUGAGAAGGUCAUACUGGUUGGGCAUAGCUACGGUGGCCUUCCUAUAUCUCUAGCCAUGGAGAGGUUUUCUCAGAAGAUUUUGAUUGCAGUCUUUGUCACAGCCUAUUUGCCUCAUUACAGUUCUCCACCAGGAACUCUCAUACAAGAAUACUUGAAGAGGACCUCAGCGGAAUCCUUGUUGGAUAACCAAUUUACAUUCGACAAUAACACAGAAAAUCCGGCAAUUACUUCUGUUAUGUUUGGUCCAAAGUACAUGGCGGCCAAACUGUACCAGAACUGCAAGUCAGAGGACCUGGAACUAGCUAAACUGUUGCUAAGGCCAUCUGGGAUGUUCAUAGAAGAAUUGAGCAAGAAGUGUCGGCUAACAGAAGCGAAAUUCGGGUCGGUGAAGAGAGUUUAUGUGGUCUGCGAAGAAGAUGAGGUGAUGGAGGAAGACUUCCAACGGUGGAUGAUUAAGAGCAAUGGUCCGACAGACGGAGUGAAAUUAAUUAGGGGUGCUGGUCAUAUGGUCAUGCUAUCAAAGCCCCAAGAACUAUGCCAAUGCUUAUGUGAAGUUGCGGAGUAAUUUUCCUAAUUAAGUUAAUUAGUGUGUACGAAACCUUCAACAACAGAUAUUUAAAUCUAUUGGAUCUCGUAUUUAGGUGAUGUUACAUGUGUUCUUCAAACUAUUAAUAAACUGAUCCACCUUUUUUUAGUGUGGUGAAUGAUUGCUACGUGUAAUAAAUGACAAACUUUAUCAAGUUGAUGCUUGCAAA